GCAACAACAGAGAAGCUGCGCUAACAUCGAGGAGUGUUUAUCCCGCAAUGUCUGAGGUCUGUUCCACCAUACCACACAGUGAUGUUCGGUGAAGCCAUGAAUGAAGUUGAAGAGAAACAUCAGUAUCAGAAUCUUGUAACGCUAGAAAUGUCUUCUAGUAGUUUGCAGAAGAACAAGAUUUCCUCUCCAAAAAGGAAACAAAGAACUGAGACAGACGAGCCUUUCACCUGCUCUCACUGUGAGAAGAGUUUCAAAUACAAAUGUCUUCUUCAGAGACACGUGAGUGUUCACACUGGAGAGCGUCCAUACACGUGUCCUCAGUGUGGAAAAAGAUUUAAACACAAAUCAACGCUUAAAAAGCACAUGAGAAUUCACACUGAAGAAAGCCGACACGCAUGUCCUCAGUGUGGAAAGAAUUUUGUCUGCAAAUCAACACUUGAGGAGCACAUCAGAAUUCACACUGGAGAGUGUCCAUACACAUGUCCUCAGUGUGGAAAGAGUUUUGAAUGCAAAUCAACGCUUGAGGCGCACAUUAGAAUCCACACUGGAGAGAGUCAAUACAAGUGUCCUCAGUGUGAGAAGAGUUUUAAACACAGAUCAACGCUUAAAAAGCACAUCAGAAUUCACACUGGAGAUAGCCGACACACAUGUCCUCAGUGUGAAAAGAGUUUCACAAAGAAAUCAAUACUUGAGAAGCACAUUAGAAUUCACACUGAAGUGCAUCCAUACCCGUGUUCUCAGUGUGGAAAGAGUUUCAACCGCAAAACAAAGCUUGAGGACCACCUGAGAAUUCACACUGGAGAGCGUCCAUUCACAUGUCCUCAGUGUGGAAAGAGUUUUAAACAGAAAUCAAAUCUGGAAGUGCACAUCAGAAUUCACACUGGAGUGCGACCAUACACAUGUACUCAGUGUGGAACGAGUUUUACACAGAAAAAUUAUCUUAUGGUACACAUGAAAAUUCACACUGAAGAGGACAGAUAUCCGUGUCCUCACUGUGAAAAAAGUUUCACACAGAAACAGAAUCUUGAGGAGCACAUUAGAAUUCACACUGAAGAGCGGCCAUACACGUGUCAUCACUGUGGAAAGAGUUUUAAACAGCGAAAUUAUCUUAAGGUGCACAUUAGAAUUCACAGUGAAGAGCGACCUUACCCAUGUCUUGAGUGUGGAAAGAGAUUUAAAGAGAGAUUGAUGCAUGAGAACCACAUGAGAAUUCACAGUGAAGAGCGCCCAUAUGCGUGUCCUCAGUGUGGAAAGAGAUUCAGACAGAAAUCAACGAUUGAAGUCCACAUGAGAAUUCACACUGGAGAGCGCCGAUACACUUGUCUACAGUGUGGAAAGAGGUUUAGACAGAAAAAUCAGCUUAAUGUCCACAUGAUGAUUCACACUGGUGAGCGUCCAUACACAUGUCCUCAGUGUGGAAAGAGAUUCAGCCAAAAAACAAGGCUUAAGAGACACAUGAGAGUUCACACCGGAGAAAAACCCUUCACAUGUCAACAGUGUGGAAAGAGCUUCUCAAAUAAAUGUAACCUUAAGACACACAUGAUAAUUCACACUGGAGAAAAACCAUUCACGUGUCAUCUGUGCGGGACGAGUUUCAGCUUUAGACAUGUCCUUAGGCAGCACAUGAGGAUUCACACCGGAGAGAAACCGUACCCAUGUCAACAGUGUGGAAAGAGUUUUAGAUGUACAAGAAGCCGUAAUACACACAUGAGCACUCACACCGGAGAGAAACCGUUCACAUGUCUACAGUGUGGAAAGAGUUUUUCAAAUACAAGUGUCCUUAAAAAACACAUGAGCACUCACACCGGAGAGAAACCAUUUACAUGUCUAGAGUGUGGAAAGAGAUUUAGCAGAAUGUGUCUCCUUAAAAGACACAUGACAAUUCACACCGGAGUGAAACCUUUCAUGUGUCAACAGUGUGGAAACUCCUUUAGGAGAAUGAGUGACCUUAAUACACACAUGACAAAUCACACCGGAGAGAAACCGUUCACAUGUGAACAGUGUGGAAAGAGCUUUACAAAUACAAGUAUCCUUAAAAGACACAUGAGUAUUCACACCGAAGAGAAACCGUUCAAGUGUCAACAUUGUGGAAAGAGUUUUAUAGUCUCCCAAAACCUUACUACACAUAUGAGAAUUCACACCGGAGAGAAGCCGUUCAAGUGUCAACAGUGUGGAAAGAGUUUCAUAGACUCCCAAGGCCUCAAGAGACACAUGAGAAUUCACACUGGAGAGAAACCGUUUAAGUGUCAUCUGUGUGAAAAGUGUUUUUCAAGUAACAGAAACCUUAAUAGACACGUGAGAAUUCACACCGGAGAGAAACCGUUCACAUGUCAACAGUGUGGAAAGAGUUUUAUAGACCCCCAAAGACUUAAGACACACAUGAGAAUUCACACUGGAGAGAAACCGUUCAAGUGUCAUCUGUGUGAAAAGUGUUUUUCAACUAACAGAAACAUUAAUAGACACAUGAGAAUUCACACCGGAGAGAAACCGUUCACAUGUCAACAGUGUGGAAAGAGUUUUACAGACUCAAGGCACAUGAGGAUACAUAUGAGAAUUCACACUGGAGAGAAACUUCACGCAUGUCUUCAGUGUGGAAAGACUUUUACACAAAAAGGAAGCCUUCAGUCACACAUGAGAAGUCACACUGAAGAGAAACCUCACGCAUGUCUACAGUGUGGAAAGAGUUUUAUACAUACAGGAAACCUCAAGAGACAUAUGAGAAUUCACACUGGAGAGAAACCUUACGUAUGUCUACAGUGUGGAAAGAGUUUUACACAAACCGGAAGCCUUCAGACACACAUGAGAAUUCACACUGGAGAGAAACCUCACGCAUGUCUACAGUGUGGAAAGAGUUUUACACAAACAGGAAACCUUCAGUCACACAUGAGAACUCACACCGGAGAGAAACCUCACGCAUGUCUACAGUGUGGAAAGAGUUUUACACAAACAGGAAACCUUCAGUCACACAUGAGAAUUCACACCGGAGAGAAACCUCACGCAUGUCUACAGUGUGGAAAGAGUUUUACACAAACAGGAAACCUUCAGUCACACAUGAGAAUUCACACCGGAGAGAAACCUCACGCAUGUCUUCAGUGUGGAGAGAGUUUGACGUGUGAAGGUAAACUAAAGGGACACAUGGAAUUCACAGGAGAAACACCUUUCAUACAUCAUCAGUGUAAGCAGUCUUUUGCAUGCGUUUAAUACACAUUUGUAUUUAAAACUGUUAAGUUCUUUUUAAGUUCUGGUUGUUUUAAACCGUUUAGAUUCAAGUUUAAAUCAAACAGUAAUUCAGUCAUGAAUGUGCAUCCACUCUGUUCAACACACACAUCUAAAGAAAGCCCAUGGAACCAG